AUGCGUUUCUCUAUCGCUUCCGUCGCCAUCUUCCCUGCUGCCCUGGUGGCCGCCUUUGACGAGUACGCCGGUACCUUUCACUCCACCACCGGCUGCCAUGACACCACUCCCCACUUUGUCAAGGGCGCCGCCCACACCGACUGUACCAUCCUCAACGAGACGGCCAACUCCCUGAGUGCCUACGAGAACAGGCCCCGUGGAUAUUGCCACAUCUCCCUGUACAGCGACACGGCUUGCGUCGACGAACUUGAGCCUUAUGCCGAUCUCGUCGGCACUUGCCAGGACGUUGCUGGCAUCAAGUCAUUCAAGACUGACUGUUACAGGUAA